GCACAGCUGGGUUGGAAUCCCCUGGUUUCUGUUUGACUGUAAAACACAACAGAGCGCCACUUUUCAGAUUCAUAUUUCUAAACUAAACUUUAUUUCGCGGUUGUUGUUGUUGUUGUUGUUGUUGUUCUCGUCACGAGAUUUGAAAUAGCUUACACGGUUGCUGUGAUUUUGCGAGCGCGCCUCCAUCACGGACCAGCAGCGAGUUGUCGACUAUAGUCUGACAUCAGUUUUAGAAGACUUCCACAGUUUCCCUAGACGUUCGUUGUCAUUUUCUUCGACCUGUUUUCGCAGAGUAAACCGAACAGUAAAGUGAACUUGCUGGUGCAACUGUUCGCUGGUGUUUCGUGUGUGGCAGAAAGAGGUUUGUAUUGGGAAGUCUGUGUGGCGAAUCUGCCGCGGGUGAAUAACAGCAUCACUAUACACUGGAACCGAUGUGUAGUAUCAUGGUUGGUUUUGCUGUAGUUUCUAUUUUUCUCAGUUACCAUGUCAAAGUCUAAAUGGUUACAUCUAUGUAAAAGACAAUUUAACAAACUUACAUUUUGCCAUUCAUCUCAAUCUUUUUUAAAUUUUUUUUAUUUUCCAGAAAGAUUGAAAAGUUAUAAAAGUGGGGCGCAAGUGCACCAACAAGAGUCGUCUGCCCUCACCUGCAGCCAGUACCCUCGUCUGGUAAUGUCCCGCUCAGCCACCGUGCCCCUCGGUGCUGGGGGGGCCACGGCCCCGACACCCUGACCCUCCUGCACCGGCGCCUGCUGCUGGCCGAGGAGGAGGCCGCGGGUCUUAUUCGAGACGUGGGAACGCUGGGAGUAUCACCGGAUGACAUUUUGGGAUCCAGAGGGGCUCCAAGCCCCCCUGAGCUGCGGCGGGUCUUGGGGGACGAAAGCAUGCUGUGGAGACACUGUGACUCACUGGUGAGUCGAGUGUGUCGCAUGGAGAGCCUGCUGCAGACCCUCAAACUGACCAUCUUCCGCCUGGAGACCGAGAGAGAGCUGGAUCCCCCUCACACAGCUCAUCUGACACAGCAGCUGGUGGCGCUGCGGCAGCAGAGGGAGGAGGAGCAGCGCGCCUGCAGGGCGGAGGUGAUGAAGCUCAGGGAGCAGCUUCGGCAGGCCGACCAGGAGCGAGACGAAGCUCGCACUGAUGCACACAGCCUGUGGGAGACGGUGGAGGCAUCUGCUGCCGCCAAGGUGGACGUGGCUUUGGCUGCUGAGGAGCUGAAGAUUGUCAAACUAGAGAUGAGUCAGAAGAUCACAGAGAUGAAAGAGCAGAUGAGGCAGGAGUCCGCCCGCUCCAACGAAGCCACUAAGUCUCAGAGCAGGCUCCUCCUGCGGGCGGAGGAGAUGGAGGCAGAGGCGGAGCUGAAGAGGAGACAGGCGGAGCUCCUGCAGUCCGACCGCCGGGUCUUAUGUGCGGAGGUGAAGACCAGUCGGCGACAACUGGAGGAAGAGAGGGAGCGGGGCAGACGGCUGGAGGAGCUCUGUGGGCAGCUCGAAGAACAGACGGCAACAAAGGAUUCCCUCGUGUCCGAGUUGAAAACUGAACUGGAGGCCGAGAGGAGUCGUGUGGUAAAGCAAGUGCAAGAGCAAGACCGGCUGCUGACGGCCGCCAGACGCAACAUUCAGACUGAGCUGCAGGUGGCGCUGGCGCACAGCGUUAGCCUGCAGGAGGAGCUAGAGAAGCUUAAAGGAGAACAUGCUCAUCUCCUGCAGAGCUCCUCUACUGCACAGGAAAUGGCAGCCGUUCAGAAGGAGCUCUUGGAGCGAACCGUCACCAGGCUGCAGGAGGAGCUGAGCACAGCCCAGAGAGAGAAGGAGGCGAUGAGGGAAGACCUGGCGCAUUUCAAAAAACAGUUGUGUCUUGUUGUCACUAAGUUGGAAGGUGAGAAGAGCAGUCUGGAGACCCGACUUAGCAAGGCCACGCGGGAGGUGGGAUCUCUUAGCUCGGCCUUACAGAGUCAGCAGGGCGAGAACAGGAGGCUCAUGGGAAAGGUGUCCGCUUUGGAGCAGCAGCGGACAGACAACGUGUGUUUCUGUGGUUGCGUGCAGCACGUGGACCAGAUGCUGAGGGACCUGACUGAGGAGAACAAGCCGGCUUAUGAGAAACUAAAAGUUAAGUUGGAGUCCUUGCAGAAGGCCUUGGAUACUGUCACAGUUGACAAGGACAGACUGGCCCAGAGUCUGCAGCAGGCUGUGUUGACCAACAGCAAAGUGCAGCAGAACCAGGCCACCAUCACACUAAGAGACGAGGAGCUGCACGAGGCUCGGACAAAGGCUAAUGACUUAUCCGAGGAGCUCAGCGCCAUCAAGCGACGAUUUAGCGAAGACUAUGAAUUUGCCAUGAAGAAGCUGCACAGAGAAAUCUCAGAGCUAAAAAUGACAGUUAAGGACUCAUCGCGCAGUUCAGGUGACCUGUCGAAGGGGCUGCACCGGCGGGUGUCCGAACUGGAGAGGCUGGCGUCCACACAGAGAGUUCGUAUCUGGGAGCAGAGGAGCCAGAGGAGGCAGGAGCAGCAGAGCAGAGAGUUGCAUCAGGACAACUGUCAGAAAGUUGAGGUUUCAGGCAAACGGGAGGUGGAGUGGGAGAGGUGGACCUCCACCAUCCAGCGCUGGGAGGCCAAGAGACAGCUGGCUCACGUCACCGAGGGACUCAAUCCUCCUUCAGCUAACCAUCGACUGCCCCCCCCUGGCAUGGCAGAAAUAAGAUGACCUCGUGUUGCGAAACAAACACUCAUCUCUGGAGUCCCUCUGAGAGGCGAGGAGAGAAAAACCUCAACAGACCCGCGCGAGCAAGGCUCUUCGAAGAUGUCAUCAUCACGCAACCCGACUGAGAACCGGUGGGACGUGAGGCAACAAUCACAGGUCUCCUGGUGAGUUCGCAGUCAUAACAGCAAAUUGCCUCUCGCGGUAGCCGAAGCUCUACGACGGCACUGGUUGCACACACGUGGGUGUCAGUGGGACGGUUUGCGGUCCUGUGGGGGCUGCUGGGGCCGCAUCUGAGGAGGAGGAGGAGGACCAACUACCGGGUUAUCACUGACACGGAAUCUAUCCUAAUUGGAUUACUGUCUAGAUGUCUAAAUCAACAAAACUUCAACCCCCGGACAAAAUGAAGGCCAUCCUAAUUCAUCCAUCCAUCCAUCCAUCCACCCAUACCUUGGCCUUGCUCUGUGAGGAGAAGUGCUGCUGGACGAACAGGGCUCCCAGGGCCAUGCCAAAGUGCUUGUUGGCCUGGGUGAGGCAGAGCCUGCCCAGCUCCAGCUGCUGCUCGGUGCCGUCGAUCUCCCGGGAAAACUCGUGGAUGGUGCUGCGGAAGGCGGUGGACAGGUGUUCACUUAGCGCCGCCACAAUGCGCCACAGCAUGUAGUUGUGGAGGACCCUGAGACGGACGACACGAGAAGGACGGGUCAGUUACCUUUAAAUGGGUUUGGUUUUGGAUUGAAAACAGACAGAGAAAACACUGAGAGCUUUGCCAAAAUCCAGACAGAUGUUUUUUAAACCAGAAGAACCCAUUCUCAUAAAACCAUUAGAGAAAGACUCUAAGCAACUUGUCAUAUAGCAGACCAAGUCAAACUAAAGCAGUGAAAUCCCUGAGUGUGGGAAACUGAACAAUGGCUCAUACUAUUAUCUCUAAAUUCAUCUUUUCACUUGCAAGAUGAGUAAUGUGUUAUUAAUGCUUUUUAAAAGUCACAUUCCGUUUUUGCUUCAAUGCGAGACUGUAGCGCAUUCUUGCGACUUUGCAGUGUCUAACCGCGGUCUUCCAUCCGGCCCAAAGUUUGUGUUUUUUCCCAUUUGCCCUCCGAGCCCCUCCGAGAGUCAGAAAAGUUAGAGAGAAAAACAAGAGGGAGACAGUGAUCGAGAGCGAAUGGCGAGGAGUCAAGCGAGUCAAGCGGGUCUAACAGUUAAAGAACAGCCCCCUCCGAUCCAGAGGGACUCUCAGCGGAGCGCCAGCAGAGGGGUUGAGGAAAGUGUCGAGCGGGAGGCGAGAGGAUGGAUCAUUCGUUUAUGUAUUCAAGCUGUGUCUCGCCCCCCCCCGCCCCAAACCCACCAGACAAUAGAGUGCUGGUACGUCCUCAUGCCCCCACUGGGUGCACACAUCUAAUAUGCCCCGGGGAAACAAAUGCCCCCCCGCGCUCCGACUGCGAGAUCUCCAUCUGAACCUCGAGGCAUGUUGUUGUUGUUGUUUUCGCCUGAUUUUCCUUUUUUAAUUUUUUUUGUAUUAUUAUUUUCCCUACGCAACAACAGAUAUGAAAUCUAAAGCGCCUUGGCAACCGCACCCUGCGGCCCUCGCCAACAAAGCUCUUGUGAAGUGAAUUUAAUUGGCGGGAGAAGCGAAAAGGAAAAGUCAAGAAGGUGGAGUGAGCGGAGAGAGCCUCAGCCGGUGUCCUUGAUCAUCAGACACCAUGAGACACCAUCAACAUGUGUUACAGGUGUGGCUUGCUUUGCGCCAUUAGCCUAGCAGGUUGGUGUCAAUUUGUCACCCCCCCCCCCAUUUGCUGCAGAUUAUUUGUUGGCCCCGAAAAAGGAGCGGCAGCUACAUGCGAGGGAGUCCUCUGUAUGGAAGUGGUAAAGACGAACGCGCUCCGCUCCUGAUGUGUGGGAGCGACGGUGAUAGGCGCUGCGUUUAACUCGAGGCAUCUUGGAAGAGCAGUGAUGACAGUAAUCUCUCAGGGUAAAGGGGGAUAAUCCACAAUGAGCUGUGUGUUUAGGAAAAAAAACAAACUCACAAUGCUAAUUAAAUUUGUACCCGUGGUUGUGCUUUCUUUUCAUGACUGUGUAGUGGCGGAUUGUAGGAGACAGUCCUCAGGAGAAAACAGGACAACGCUGGUCAUCAUUUCAAACACUCAAACGCCGCAUAUGUUCACGCCUUCCUGACAGCAAAGGCUUUUAUGUUCUCAUGUAAAUUAAGGCCAUUAAAAGGCAAAAGUAACAAACAAGUCGUAGACAUCGUUUUGUAAGCGGUCAUCAAAUGAUCGUUACAUUGAGACCGAACGAUCAUGAUGCCACUUGUAUAUCAGGUUGUAAUGAAACACAGAGGAUCGUCGGGUUAUUAAAAUAUAAUUCUCAUCGUCCAACAAUUUACAGCUAAGGUCAUGCUAUUGCAGUUCGACUUCCAACUUUCUAAUUUAACUGGUUUCGGCAGUGAUGUAUUAUCUGAUGGAUGGUUUGUGUCGAUUUUGUUCAGGGAGAGAGAGACUGGUCGGGGACGUUUUAGGAUGGUGCAAGGGCUAGAAGUGUGUUGGGGCAAUGGUUACAUUUAAAAUUCAGCUGAAGAGUUGGAGGGUGAAUACAAGAGAUUUACCAAAAUUGUUAAAAGCACUCUUUAAUGAAGCUUUGUUGAGUUAAAAUAAAAAAGUGAUGUACACUGUAA